AACAUAGCAAACGACCAGCCUUCCGUGUGGCUUGACCCUAGCUAGUCGUCAUUCUAGUUAAGCGCUCUCCAAGUUUCUCCUGGCGCUGGUUUGGCACGAGACGAGACAACCUUCCUCCCCCGACCGACCACCGUUAUUGUCGAUACAUGAGGGAUCUCGAAAAUCUCAGGUCUCGGAGCGGAGAGCCUACGUGCCUGACGACAAUUUCUCGCUAAAGCACAUUAGAGAACCCCAAGAAGCUGCACAUUAUUCACUCCCAAAAUACCAUUUCUUUCCGGGGUCCAUGGAGCAGAGAUAUUUCCCAUAUACCUCAUCCUCGCGCCGAGUAACAAUGGCAGACCCGGACGAGGAGAGCGAUGAUAACUCUGCUGCUUCGCUGCCAGCUGGACGCUCUCGCAGAAGGUCGACAAAUAGCUUGUCCGCCUCUGCACACUCCCGUUCCAAACUGUUGCGCACGCCAAACAAAUCCAUCCCCCCAUUUCACAACCUCCACCCCUCUGCUCCCACUUCCCCUCCAACUCCCGCCCCGAGUCCGACACCACACCAACGAGCCCCUAGCUGGCAGAGCGCUGGCGAAGACGAGGACACCUUUCUGCGGGAUGCGAGACAGCAUUUCAGCUUGCUAGGGCGUGCGGAGGGACAAAGGUUUCUGGCGGAGAUUCUGAAUCUAUGUGAUAAUCAGCAACUCAGUUUUGUCUAUCAUUUUGUCAGCCCGCGGCUGAAGAAGGAUCCGUUUAAAGUGCUUCCGAAUGAGCUAUGUUUGCGGAUCCUUUCAUUCAUCGAUGAUCCCAAAACACUUGCUCGAGCAUCGCAAGUCUCAACACGAUGGCACGAGCUUCUAAAUGAUGAUAUGACCUGGAAGCUCCUGUGUGAUAAUCAUGCUUAUAGAACCAUGUCCGAAGACACCCACGAGGAUUCAGAGCCCUUCUCCUUCGCCCUUCCUCCAAACCCCUACGAUCCCCGUUUCGCGCAGCAGCAGUUGAACAACAGCGACGACCCUUCGGCAAGUAAUAAUAGCGCAGUUACUACGCCUACGACAUCCAGAGCACCCUCGUCGUUAGGAAACCACUCACGGAAACGACGAGUGAAGACCAAAACCUACAGAUCACAUUUCAAGCAGAGAUACAUGGUUGAAGCGGCCUGGCGGAAGGGGGGACAUUUAAUCACCAAACACAUCACGCCAGAUCAUGGUGUUGUUACAAGCCUGCAUUUAACGUCCAAGUUCAUCGCCGUCGCGCUGGAUAAUGCCAAGAUUCACAUUUUCAAUACAGAGGGUGAGCAUCAGAGGACAUUACAAGGCCAUGUCAUGGGCGUUUGGGCCAUGGUACCGUGGGAUGAUAUUCUUGUCAGUGGUGGAUGUGACCGUGACGUGCGUGUGUGGAAUAUGGCUACUGGUGAGAGCAUCCACAAGCUGCGAGGCCACACCUCCACCGUGCGCUGUCUAAAAAUGUCAAACGCAACUACCGCUAUCUCAGGAUCUCGCGAUACGACCUUGCGGAUAUGGGACCUCGCGAAGGGUGUGUGCAAACACGUACUCGUCGGCCAUCAAGCCAGUGUCCGCUGCCUAGGGAUCCACGGUGACCUCGUCGUCUCGGGUAGCUACGACACAACUGCGAAGAUUUGGAACAUCUCCGAAGGGCGGUGCCUGAGAACGUUAGCUGGCCACUUCAGCCAAAUCUAUGCGAUCGCUUUUGACGGUAAGCGGAUCGCGACGGGUAGCUUGGACACGAGUGUGCGCAUCUGGGACCUGCAGACUGGCCAGUGCCAUGCCAUAUUGCAAGGACACACCUCUCUCGUCGGCCAGCUGCAAAUGCGCGGCGACACGCUUGUCACUGGUGGUUCGGACGGAUCUGUCCGUGUCUGGUCACUGCUGCGGAUGGCGGCGAUCCACCGGCUGGCGGCACACGAUAAUAGUAUUACGAGUCUGCAGUUUGAUGAUAAUCGGAUUGUGAGCGGUGGUAGUGAUGGGCGGGUUAAGAUUUGGAAUUUGAGGACGGGCCAGUUGGUGAGAGAGCUGAGUCAGCCGGCGGAGGCUGUGUGGAGGGUUGCGUUUGAGGAUGAAAAGGCGGUGGUUAUGGCGACAAGGGCGGGCCGGACUGUUAUGGAGGUCUGGUCUUUCGCACCGCCCGAUGAUGCCUUCGACGAUCCUGGUUCAGACUCCGAUAGCCAGUCCAGCACCGUAGAUCUAGGCUUCAGCAAUAACAAUAGCACCAGUCACCAUGAAUUCGAUAAUCCCUACCAUCACCAUCAUCACCCGGAUGAUAAUAUUAAUAACCCCGCCUCGUCUUCCGCCGUCACCGAAGUGGAAUCAUCAUCAUCCUCGCUGUCAUCAUCGUCGUCCGUAGCUGUACUCUCCCCGCCUCCGGCCGCAGCCGCAGACCCAGUCCCGUUGACCUCCGCAUCUACCGCAUUGCAGAACACUACCCAGGAUUUGGAUAUGCAAGAUGUUUUCAUCGAUAUCAGCAAUAGCAACAGCAGCGGCGGCAGGGAUGCGAAUGACCACUGACUGGCCCGUGGCUCUCAUAACCUCUAAUUUUAACAAUGGUGUAAUAGCAAAUUGGCGAAUCGGCGAUGGCAUUUGACACUAGUUUGGUCGGGAAUCUCGUGUGAUAACUUCAUAUAUAUAUAUAUUUAUUUAUAUGUAUAUUGUUCUUUCUCUAGGAGUAAUGGAGACACAAGGAACGUGUUGACAGAAAAACAGGGGACGGGGUGGCGGUUGCGGUCGUGGUGUUGUUGUUUCUUUCUCUAGAUAUAGAUAUGCUCCGUGACUUUUUUCUGUCUUAGGUGGAAGAAUAUAUAGAUGGGGACGGAGCAGGAGGGCGAAAGGGAAAUGGGGAAAGGAAGAACGGAAAACACAGGACGGCGGCAAAUUUCUCUUU